AUGAAUAAACAGGUAAGAAGAAUCGACACUUCGAAGAAAACGAAAUGCUUGUGUCUGACUAACACCGUGUCCAGUAUAAUUGGUCGACUUGGUGUAAUAAUAAGUCGAUAUCCCCUUUAUUUUAUUAUUGCUCCUGUCAUUUUUUCUGGUUUAUUAUCAAUUGGGCUGAUUAGAAUUCAAACCAAUGACGACACCGAUUUUCUCUUAACUGCGGACAGAGGUAAAGUUUUUCAUGCUAAACAGUUUAUAGAUAAGACAUUUCCUAUCAAUUCAAAUAAUUUCGAUUUUUUACGACUUGUUAAACGCCCACUUUUUCCAAUGAUCUACAUAGUAAAUGACAGAGAAAGCAACAUUUUACGCAAAGAAUUCUUAAACGAGAUACAAAUUGUAGAUAAUAUUGUAAAAAAUACCACAGUUUAUGUACAUGGUAAUAACAUCGUUUAUUCGAACGUGUGCCAGACUGAAGAUGGCAAAUGUUUAGGAAAUACUCUUAUUAAUCUGCUAAACAAGUCCGAAAAUGCUAUUCAUGAAAUAUUAAGGAUGAAAUAUCCUGUCAAUAUGGAUCCUGUAACAUACGCGUACAAAAUCCUUUGCCUGAAUUUAGGAGGGGUGAUGACAGACGUCAAAGGAUACAUAAGUGUAGCAAAAGCCGUUCGUUUAUUGUAUGUACUAGAUGAAUCGAAUGCAAGUAAAAAGAAGUGGAAUGAAGAAUGGACAAAGGCAGUUUACAACAAGUUGAAAGAUUAUAGCUUCGAGCAUAUUAAAACAUUUCCCGAUCCGUUCUCGUCUACCGAUUAUCAAGUAAAACGCAUUUUGCAGAAAUUAGUGCAUUUGAUAAGUGUGGCUGUGGUCGUAGUGGCCGUUUUCUCUAUCACCACAAACAUGACUAACAAUUGGGUGAAGUCAAAACCCUGGUUGGGCGUAUCUAGUGUCGUAUCCGCCGGUUUGGCUGUAGCCACGACGUUUGGUUUAUUAUCCGCCUGUGGAGUAGAAAAUCUUCAGUGGAACGUCAGUCUUCCUUUCAUUAUUCUUGGUACGGAAGUGGACGACUCGUUUGUCGUAUUGGCUUGUUGGAAGGUAACAGAUUGCGAUGACAGCGUAGAAAAACGAAUGGAACAGACGUAUCGCAACGCAGCAGUGUCCAUCACCAUAACGUCUCUGACGAAUUUCUUCUCCUAUUGUAUUGCCAUGACGUCACCAUUCCCGGGUGUAAGAAUAUUCUCUUUGUAUGCCGCAACGUGCAUCUUCUUCAGUUAUUUCUUUCAGUUGUUUUUCUUCGGCGGAUGUUUGGCAUUAAGCGGAUACAGGGAAGAGAAGAAUCUUCAUCCUUUUACAUUUAAACCAGCUUUUGGCAUAUGGGGUGUUAUGUCCUUACAGGAAGGGCUGAAUGUUUACAAACUCAAUUCAGAAAGUUCUGAAAUUACACAGGGAUUUCAAGUUUUUUAUAAAUAUUUUACAGAAUAUCCUUUCACUGUGCACGUCGUAAUUAACGAAACAUUAGAUUAUUCUAAUCCACGAGUUCAAGAAUCAGUUAAUGAUUUCAUGGAAAAAUUUCACACUAUUGAAAAUAUAGCCGGAUACGAGUACGAAUUUUCUUGGUUAAAAUAUUUUAAGAAAUUCCAAAAUCAUCCCUUUUCGAAGUAUUCCUUAAGGGGUUACGAUCUGUCUCAGAAGCAGGAUUUUAUGGAUGCUCUUAGAAACGUCUUUUUGAAAUUCACAGGAGCCAAGCAAUUUAACAAUGACAUUAUCUUUAAUGACAAUUACACUGAUAUUGUAGCCAGUCGUUUCUUAUUCAUAGGUAAAAAUGUUUCGGACAGAGUAACGGAAUUCAAAAUAGUAAACGAUUUAUCGAAAAUAGUCGAAGAAGCGCCAUUUUCUGUUGUAAUUCAUACAAUAAUAACACCUAUGGCCGAACAAGGAAUAGUAAUCAGACAGAUAGCGUUUCAACUGUUCUGGAUCACUGCCUUGUUAAUUUUUUUCAUUUUUGUUUGUCUAAUUCCGAAUUUGCAUUGCGCUGUUAUCGUCGCUAUCUGCGUCGUGUCCAUCACGGUACAGACAAUCGGAUUUAUGUCUUUAUGGGCGAUCAAUCUAGACAUUCUGUCUCUGAUGUGCUUGAUUCUCUGCAUUGGGUUUUCUGUUAAUUAUCCCACUCACAUAUGCUAUUGUUUCAUUUCUUCACCAGAAGGAACGACUGAAGAAAAGUUAAAGGAUAGUUUACGUCACGUAGGUUUCCCGUUAAUUCAAGGAGCAAUGUCUACUGGAUUAGUAUUGUUAAUCAUCGCCUAUUAUAAUAUAUAUGUAUACACCACUUUCGUUAAAAUCGUUUUCGUAAUUGUACUGCAAACCACAUUUCACGCAUUAUUUGUAAUUCCUAUAAUAAUCUUCACAACUGCGCCAUGUAUAACAACACGUGAAGAAAACAGAGCAUCCAUACUUUUUGAGUGCACAUAG